AUGGAAUUGUUGGAAGAGGGGGAGGACGGAGCUCUGCAUGAUGAUGUAGAUGACGAUGAGUCUUUGGAGCUGGUCUUCACGGACAACAAUGGCAGUUUUGCUUCACGUCGAGCUCUGGAACAGUUCAAAGGUAGGAAUCGCCAGUAUGGAAACGCUGUGUGCCCUGAAUGCAAACAAUCCUUCGUCAAUGCAGCAAGAUUGGAGAGGCACUUAGCUGUGCAUCAGGUCUUUGGCGCAUUUCUUUGUCCUUUGUGUGGCAAAACCUACAAAUACGAGUACAACUUGUUUUUUCAUUGGCGGAAAACAUGCCAGUACCUCAACGACUUGAUCGGAGUCGAGCAAAGAAAGAAUUUGGACGUACAUUCUCUUCGCCUUCUCGUGGAAGAAGUUGUUGUGAAAAGAAGUGAAACUGAGCCGGUGGAGAUAGGCAUAUCAACGAACGCGUUGUUCCAAGGAGGCUCAACAUCUUCACAGCUCGAAAUGCCAAUCGACCCACAAAGUCCACUGGCUCGUGCUUGUACCAUCUGCGGUAUUCUGGUUCAUAAAGAUCAUCUUCCUCAACAUGAAGUACUUCAUAACGCAACCACUGAAUCUGGUCUACGAAUUAUCGACAUGAAAUCACCCACAGGUGGUUACUUUUGCGACCUGUGUGGUGUAGCCUUUCGGAAUAGGGAUAAUCUGUUCACUCAUUGGCGAUCCAGUUGUCCUGAGAUUAUGGCAAGUCCUGAUAGAAACAUUGUGGAGGAGGUUGACCCUACUGCGAUUCAUCGUGACGGAAAACAUGGUCGGGAUGGCAAGAGCCUGAGUGUAGAACAGUACAAGGAGUCGUGUCCAUCGUCAGCCGAUCCGGAAGGGAAGGCUUUGGUGUUCAUGGACGAUUAUGUGGAUCCCGCUGACACUCUGGUAAAUAUUGAUGGAGAAUUAGUCAACGUCAUAUCGGCUGAUAGAGGAAAAUGGAAUAUCCCUGAGGACGGGAAACCGCUAGAGUGCCCCGACUGUUUCAGGCAGUUUGCGAAUGCGGGUCGACUUGAGCGACACAUCUCUGGGUUUCAUUCCCAUUAUGGGGCUUUCAAAUGUUUGCUCUGUGGCCAUAGGCAGUUUGCGAAUGCGGGUCGCCUUGAGCGACACAUCUCUGGGUUUCAUUCCCAUUAUGGGGCUUUCAAAUGCUUGCUCUGUGGCCAUAGGUUCAAAUAUGACUACAAUCUUCUCUUUCAUUAUCGUCACAGCUGCGCUUACACAAAACUACUUGUGGGUGCUGACGUUCGAAAACUGGUAGCUAGACGCUGCUUCUCUGAGGAGGCUCGUUUCGCAGAUCAAGGAAUCCGAUCCACAAUUACGGCCUGGAGUACGUUUUUAGUGCUUGCAUUCGUUACUGUCGUUUGGAAAAGUUCAAGGCUGAUCAACGUGAAAAGGAGGCCGUCCCUCAAAGCUGUACCAAGAAACGUUCGCGUAAACGAGGCUUCCGUUCCCAAGAUUCGAUCGAAAAGUAGUCUGCAGGAAGGCAAGAAGUGUCCUGUCUGUGGUGUGCUUUUUUAUGGUCAGAAGUCUUUGGAUAAACACAUUGGGACUGUGCACUUGUUGAACCGUGCAUUUCUGGAUAAAGCAAUUACAAGAGAGAACACAUCACCAAUAUCAAGAUCUCCUGUCGACGUAGAACUCAACAAGUCAAGUUCUGCACAUGGGGGUGAGCUUCUGAAAAUGCCUCCUGGACGAAAGGACAUCUCGGGUAAAGAGACGAAUGAAGGUGCUAGAGCGACAGAAGAAUCGGAAGCACCGCCAGUUCUCGAAAUGCAAACGCCAGGUGAAGCUGUUCCCCCUCCUACCCGCUGUGUGGAUGUAAGUGGCAAGGAAAUCAAUGAUUUCGAUUCCGAACAACUAUCGGAAAUCGACGUAAUGCUCUAUACAGGGCAGCUUACACUUGGAGAUCUCGUAAUAACGUCUGUGUACGGGGAAGACAUUGAGUACCGUAUUAGCCGCGGGACCCGUCAUGGAGUUCAAAUUGUCCUUGAAAAGACUGACAAAGCGUCCAGCUUUUCGCAAAGAAAAGAAAGUGAGCGCAUCGAAGAACACACUGAUGGACAAGAAAGGCGCGAGUACUCUCAAAAAAGCAAGUCUGAACCGGAUUAUCUGAGAAAUCGGAGUCGUAAUCACCAUCAUGAGGAUAGCUAUCAGGAGGAGGAGGAAAAUGAUAACUAUACUGAUGAAGGCGAGAUGGUGCAAUAUGUUGAGGAAGAAGCGCAGAUGGAGUACGAGAACGACGACUAUGUGGAUUAUGAAGUCGACGACACAGCAGAGCCUCACAAGAGAGAACGAAUGGUUCGAUUUGUGGACGAGGAAGGGCAGCAUCUUGUGCAGUACAUGAAUGAAGAAGGCGUGCAGUGUGAAGGCUACGUGCAGUUCGUAGAUGAUGAAAACGGACAGCAUGUUGUGGGACUGAUCGAUGGGGAAGAAAUCAUUGAUUACCUUGAUGGCGAAAGUAUCGAAGGUGCGAAUCUAGCCGAAUUGAAGUCGCACGUAUCUUCAUCCUCCAAUGCAGAAGGCGAGAUUCUCGAUGAGCAUAUGAGUAACGGAGAACGACGCGAAGAACACUACACUGUCGUACCGGGUUCUUCUGUCAACAAUAACAUGCCGGAAGAUUUCAUGCAGGGAAACAUAUUAGAGGUAGUGUCUUUUACGUUGUAUUUUGAAUUUGCUUUCACUUGA